UGCCGACAUAGUCACGUGUGAAAUUGGAGGGAAAUUGUCAGGCAGUUCAUUAAAGCAUCAUAAAACAAAGGAAUCGAUUAUUUAUCGAUUAUUUGUACCGUAAUCGAUCGUGUUAUUAGAAAAAGUAUAAACAACGAUCGAAUUUGACAAGUGACAAGCUAAUCAAAACAGUUAUUUAUUUACCUGUAAUAAUACUUUCGUGGCGUUUAAAGCAUUCAGCACUAUGGAUGACAUGUGUCUUUCAAAAUACAAAAAAAGAAAAAUGAACAUUACGUUGGCUACAGAGGAGGUGGAAAUACUUUACAAAGUAUCGACCAAAACUCAAAAAACCAAACAACGAAACGAAAACAUUGAUGGAACCAUUAUUAUGAACCGAACAGAGCCUGAGAUUAUAUCAGGUACUUUAAAUGCUGGAACAUCUCAAGUAACAACCUCUUGUUCUACUUUAGAAUUCGCAAGCACUUUAACAACUAGAGAAGAGAAGGUCAUGCAGGAACAAGAAAUUAGUUGCGUGAUUGGGCCUGAUUCCCCAGGAACGCUUAAUAACUCACUCAGCCCUGUGAAUGAAUGCUUUGUUGCAUACCAAGAUUUAGACGAGGAGUAUGUAGAUAGUGAUUAUGAAGAUUGCGCACUGCAUGAAGUACAGCCUCACAUUUACUUGCCAAUAUUGUGCGUAGCCUUUUAUUUACGGCACCAUUUAACAAAAAGUGCACUGCACGACCACCUUCGCAUUUUAAGCAUUGGUACGGAUUCCAUCGUGAAAAAGUUGACUAGCCAACACAAUCUGAUGUCACAGUAUUCAAACUUGAAAAACGAAGUUUCCAAGAUAUUUGUCUGCCCCUUCAAGAAAUGCCCUGCUGUUUUAACAUUGCAAAAGAAUAAGAAUAUCCCACAAGAAAAUCAACCAUGUGGUCAUAAAUUUAGAGCAAGCAACACACCAUGCUAUGUUUUGCGAAUGCCCAUCGAAAAACAAAUAAGGUACUUCAUCGAACAUUAUGGAGUAUCACAUGAAAAUUGGGAUCAAUCAAUUUCGUGGCGGUGUGCAAUCAGGUGGUUGCUACAGAGAAUUGACGGAUCAAGGACUCAUAGACGACAAGACAAUAACAGUCAUGUGGAACACGGAUGGAGCAAACCCACAUAA